GCAUGCUACACAUACACACACCAAAACCUCACUACUCCGACACAGCUCAUAAACACCUAGUGAGUGUCCGUGUGCACAUGAGAGUGUGUGUGCUUGAGAAAGGUCCCAGGUGUACCAGAGAGUUCAACCCAGAAGGAUCCAUCAGGAGAAGAUCACACUUGGCAUUCCAAAGCAGUUCACUGGGAAAGUUCUCUUCUCAGUAUGGCGGCAUGGGAUCUCUCAGUUAUUGUAGACGACUUGGGUCCAGACUCACCCCCCAUCACUAUCAGUGUCACCUCAGAUCUCCACAUCGGUGGAGUGAUAUUCAAAAUAGUUGAGAAGACCCAGGUGAAGAAGGACUGGUCAGACUUUGCACUGUGGUGGGAACAGAAGCAGCGCUGGCUCCUGCACACGGCCUGGACGCUGGACAAGUGUGGCAUCCAUGCGGACGCCAAGCUCAUCUUCUCUGCCCAGCACAAGCCCCUCCGGUUGGGCCUGCCCAACGGGGUGACCUUGCGGAUGCUUGCCAGCUUCUCGGCGCCCGUGUUCCGUACAGUGAUAAAUAUCUGCAAGGUUUUGAACAUCCGUCACCCGGAGGAGCUGUCCCUGUUGCGGCCAGUAGAAGAAAAGAAGAAAAAGAAAGAUAAAAAUUCUGAAGAGGAGAUCUAUGACAUCACAGAUGUUCCCUUGACCUCUGCUUCAGUUCAGUGCCUGUACAAUGGGAUGCCGGCUCAUUUCGCCGACUCUCCCAAGACCGAGGCCGUGUACAAGAUGCUGUCAGUCAGCCAGCCCUCUCCGGCCCCUGAGACGCUUGCCAAACUGUACCGGCCUGCCAGCAUAGUGGACAAAACCCACAUCCACACCAGGUGGCUAGACUCUUCACGUUCUCUCAUGCAGCAGGGCAUUCAAGAGAAUGACAAGCUGACGCUCCGCUUCAAAUACUACACCCUGUAUGAUCUGGAACCCAAGUAUGACAUUGUGAGGUUGACUCAGAUGUAUGAGCAGGCACGCUGGGCCAUCCUGCUGGAGGACAUUGACUGCACGGAGGAGGAGAUGAUGUUGUUCGGGGCUCUUCAGUACCACAUCGGGAAAGUGUCCCAGUCGGGUGCGCAGGCGCUGACCUCUGGGCUGGAGGACCUGGACUCUGCCCUGCAGUCCCUGGAGGUGAAGAUGGGGGUGGAGAGCACGGCCAAUGAGAUGUUGGAAAAUAUGACUGCACCGGAAUUGAAUGAAUACCUAAAAAUCUUCAGGCCUAAACGACUUACACUAAAAGGUUACAAGCAGUAUUGGUGUAAGUUUAAAGACACAUCAAUCUCCUAUUUCAAGAGUCAAGAGGAAAGCUAUGGGGAGCCCAUUCAGCAAAUGAAUUUAAAAGGCAGUGAAGUGGCCCCUGACGUGAAUGUUGCUGGGCAGAAGUUCUGCAUUAAGCUCCUGGUUCCUGCGCCUGAGGGCAUGAAUGAAGUGUACCUGCGCUGUGAUAACGAGAAGCAGUAUGCUCAGUGGAUGGCUGCCUGUAAACUGGCCUCUAAAGGCCUGACUAUGGCAGACAGCUCGUUUGACAGCGAGGUGAAGAGCAUCCAGACGUUCCUGUCCAUGCAGCACACCAACCCAGGAGCCCAGGUCACCCAGACUGACGAAAGCAUCAACACCCUUAGCCUGGUCUCGCCACGCUACCACAAGAAGUACAAGGCCAAGCAGCUGACACCACGGAUCCUAGAGGCAUACCAGAAUGUGGCCCAGCUGCCCCUGAUGGCGGCCAUUUUGAAGUUCUUGCAGAUCUGGCAGGCUUUAUCUGACUUUGGCAUUUCAUAUUUCAUGGUCAGGUUUAAAGGCAGUCGGAAGGACGAGGUCAUGGGCAUUGCCAACAAUCGCCUCAUCCGUAUAGAUUUAGGAGUAGGGGAUGUGGUGAAGACCUGGCGGUACAACAACAUGAGGCAGUGGAAUGUCAACUGGGACAUCAAACAGGUGGCCAUUGAGUUUGAUGGACAUAUAAACAUCGCAUUUGGCUGCGUGAAUGCUAACUGCAAGAUUGUCCAUGAGUACAUCGGCGGAUACAUCUUCAUGUCCACUCGUGGUCGUGACCAGAGCGACACCCUGAAUGAAGAGCUCUUCCACAAACUCACUGGAGGCCAUGAAGCCCUCUAAAGACAGUGGAGAACUGUGGAGUAUUUAUCACUUCAAACUCUUUUCACAUAAACAGCUAUAGGCUACACUUGCAUUCCAUGAACAACUCACACAGGCUGUGUGAGCUGUAUGCCACUGUGGUUUGUUAUGAAAACAAAUCAUCUUUAUUGCUCAUAUCACUAACAACUUAAAAAUAAAUAAUGUAUUAUAUA